AUGCGGAGCGAGGAGAAGAGACUGAGGACUUUCCGGCAGUGGCCAGAGAGCUCACCUGUCUCUGCCACAGACCUGGCUAAGGCUGGCUUUUUCUUCCUGGGUCCGGGCGACCGAGUGCAGUGCUUCUGCUGUGGCGGUAUCUUGAGGAGCUGGGAGGCUGAGGAUCAACCCAUGCGAGAGCACCAAAAAUUUUUUCCUACCUGUAAGUUUAUCUGUGGUGAAGAUGUUGGCAACCAGCAGAUGCUCCCCUUUCUGGAGAUCUUGGACUAUGUGGAUGGGCAGAUCCUCAGCCUUCUACAGAGGAUGGAUGUGGAAGAGGCAGCCCUACCCAGUCAACCAGAAUACCCGGAGAUGGAAACCGAGGCGAUGCGACUAGCCACUUUCCAGAGCUGGCCACCGUACACAGAGCUGUAUCCUGAGCAACUGGCCAGAGCAGGGUUCUUCUAUACAGGUCAAGGUGACACUGUGAGGUGUUUUUACUGUGAUGGCAGCUUGAGGAACUGGGAGCUUGGAGAUGACCCCUGGAGGGAACAUGCCAAAUGGUUUCCAAGGUGUGAGUUUUUGCUGCAGUCAAGGGGCAGAGACUUUGUUAGCAGUGUUCAGGACUCUGACUUCAACGCUCCAGGAGGCUCCUGGCAACGGGCUGAACAAGAUCCCCCUGUACCCCAAGAUUCUGUGGGGAAUCGGGAAUUGUCAUCUCCUCUGGAUCAGUCUUCCAUAGUGCAGAAUGUCCUGCUGAUGGGCUUUGACCACAGCUUGGUGAUGAGCUUGGUCCAGAGUAGACACCUGCUGACUGGCACCUGCUACUUAUCUGUGUCCGAACUGGUCUUGGAUCUGCUUCAGGUAGAUGGGGAAGAGAGCAGCAGUGCAGAAGAAAGAGAGCGUACGGAGAGGGAGACAGGUUUGCCAGGACAGAGACGAGACGCACAGGCUGAGUGCUCAAAAGAAUCAGAGCCUCCACUGAGUACGGAGGAGCAGCUGCGACGGUUGCAGGAGGAGAGGAUGUGCAAAGUGUGCAUGGACAAAGAUGUGUCCAUUGUCUUCGUUCCUUGUGGCCACUUGGUGGUGUGUGCGGAAUGUGCCCCCAGCCUGAGACGAUGUCCCAUCUGCAGAGCGGUCAUCAGGGGAAGUGUGAGGACUUUCAUGUCCUGA